ACCCGCCUCUCCUCCACAACAGCGCCAUUAAGAUACCAACAUGUCCUACUACUACAGCGACGACUCGUUUGAGGACGAGCUUUUCAGUGCGUUGUAUAUUUGCAUAUCACGUCAGGAUUUUGCUAUACGUUCAUGCGAAUCGAUCCGCAGCACCUGGCGCAGGUCCGUCGUGCUCCCAACACGAUGUCGACGAGACACACGGUGAGAGCGGUGACACAGACGAGUCGGAUGAGGAUACCUACCCUCCCGUACAGCUGUCGCCUCACGCCUACAUCACCCGUAGAUACCCGAGCCCUAACGUGCCACUCCCAUAUCGCUCGCUCCAUGGGACCUACCUCGAGGUUCCAACCCCCAUCGCGCCACACGUACCCGCCCAAGACCGCACGGCACCCUUCUCCUCGCUGCUGGGCGCCGUCCAGCCGAUCCAUGGUCCAUGGAGCGAGAUGGCGCGAGAUAUAGUGGAGGCACCGCGCGACACCGUCCUUCGGGUGUUGGCCGAGGUGCCUCCGCAGGUGCUCGUCGAGGAGGCCCCGGAGCUUGUCCCAGAGCUGCCGCCGUCGCCAGAGACCGCCUCGGAGCCGGUGCUGCUGGAGCACCACGUGCAUGUGGAGGAGGAGCCAAGGCGGAAGAAGGCGAAAAAUGGGGAGGGGAGAGAUGGGAGGGAGGAGGGAGGGAGUCAGGGAGCGAGCGGCGCGACGGCGGGGAGGCGUAUAGUCAAGAGGCCGCGCAUGCCCCCGAUCGCGGGGUAUGGCCGAUUUUCGGUCAAGCUGCCAAGCGACUAUGCGGAGAGGGAGAGAGAGACGGCGGGAGAGCGAGGCCAGAUGCUUGUGGUCCAUCCACAGGCGCAUGGCAGCGCCCCCCCAGAAACUACACUGACAUCGACGACGUCCACCUACAGGGUAGAAAACCCCACAAGUGAGCCAGUCCCCGAGGCUGUACUGCAGUUCAUCGGAGGGCCCUGGACAUCGACACCUGGGGAGGAACAGAGAGGCGCGCGAAAGCGCAAGAGGGCAGACCCUCAUGUCUGCGACGGCACCGACGGGUGUAGCAAGCGGCUGUCGUGCCCGUACGACAUGCCCCGACACAAGGCGACUCUGCGCCACGGAGGACAGCGCGAAUUUGCAUGCGGCGACUGCCCAGCCCUUUUUGUGCGUAAAGAUGAAGUCCAUCGCCACAAGCGAGAGCACUGCCCAAACAGAGGCAGGAAACAUAACGGCAGGGGCGGUCCCUCGCAGGGCCCGAGACAUGAUGGUCCAGAGGGCGGCGGAGGGGGAAUGGGGGGCAUAGGAGAUAGCCUGCUCAGUGGAUAGAGCUGAAGGUGCGUACCGUUCGUUUUUCUUUUCACUUCGCUCGCUCUUUUGUUUCGCGGCGCACGCUAUCGAUGUCUUUGCCUUUCCUUUCCUUACCACCCUCGUUGUUUUGACUAACCUGUUGCGCUCGGAUCGAUUCGGUUGAAAACUGACUCACUCUGGUUUUCGCAGGACUCUGCUCGUGGUCGACGUCGUCCAGCCCGGCAUUGCGCGACAAUGCACGACGGAUCGAAAGCCGAUCGUUAUGUAAGCCAUCAUACGCCCUGGUCGCUCAUCGUCGACCACGACGGCACCUCAGCGACGAGGGGUCUAUAAGCCCAUCUCCCACGAGGUUCAUCACACGCAACUUAUCACGAAUUUACGGUUGUUGUACAGUCUGUUCACUCUAGCGCUUUUUUCAUAGUAUAUCGAUCUAUUCCUUCUCAUAUUGUC